AAAACGGAAAGUCAUCAAUGCGGAACAAGAAAGAUCCAUCCCGCCACCUGCAUUCGUCUUACUCCGCACUGCAACUUGAAGCUCACAACUAUCGAACGACAUCCGUCAUGAGAAAAUGAUUCACGGCUGAUAGUCAUCGAAGCGUCGUGAGUGUAUAGAAAGAUGGACAGCGAUGACGAGUAUAGACAGGUGGACAGCGAUGACGAGCAAACACCGUUUCAGUGUCACUCCUGUAGGCGCAUGUUUUCGCGCCAGGAACAUCUACUACGCCAUAUGAGAUCCCAUACCCAUGAGAAACCAUUUUCUUGUACGAAAUGCAAUAAGUCCUUCUCGCGACUAGAUGUUCUUCAGCGACACGAACACACACAUACACACACAACAACCUUAACCGCGCGCGAGAUAGUGACGAUAAGAGCGUGCAAAGAAUGUGCUGCUAGCCGCAGCCGUUGCUCAAGAGACCCGCGAUGCACAAGAUGUGAAGAUAAAAAGUUGGAAUGCAUCUACCCUAUGCCCAGGAGACGAAAGCCUCAGCCGGUGCCGGUGCCGGUGCCUCAGAAGGAGAAGAAGAGGAGGAGGAGGAAGAAGAAGGGUUCGAAUCUUCAGUCUCCCGAACCAUUACCCGCACAAAGCUUGCAUGAAGAUGCGGAGGGCGAAAAUGAUACUCAGGCACCAGAGCCAUUGGCAACUAUACCAGUGGAAACGGAACCACUGGAAACGGAGCCAGUGGAAACGGAGCUGGCUACAAACAAUAGCGGAGUCAAUGAUGCCAACAACGUUUCCUGGAACAUGAAUGGUUCUAACGCUUUCACGGUUGAUCCAGUAGACGGAGCCUGGCCAUCUAAUGACGAGUCAAUUGCCGUUGCACCGCAACCAAUGAACCCAAUGUUCCCAAUCGACGACAUGGGAAGCUUUCCAGAAGUACCGGAUUUCACUACGGCUGUCCCCAAUAUCAAUUGGCUCUCAGAUAGUCAGUUUGCUCCUUUGUGGGAGAACCAAUUGCCGAUUAUCCCCGAAGGCCUUGGAUCGAUGGCAUACACAUAUCCUUCUGAACUAAUCGGACGCAACCCUGUCUCUUCUUGGGUCCCAGAGCAGUCUAUGGGUGUUAAUAUGAGCAUGAAUGGUUCAAUGGAAACGCCAGCUAUUGAAGCGGAUCAAACAGACUACCCUGCAGUUGAGGAGAGCCCUUACGACGGACAAACGAGCAGUGUUCAAGACUCCAAUGCAUCAACAUCAACCGAUGGAGCCCUCUACGUGGAUGGAACAGCAGCUAGAGCCCCAUUCCGUGGUCAACUACUCCCCCAGCAAGUCAGUUCACAGAGCAAUCGUCCUGUACAAGACCCCCGCCUUCCCGAGGCAGAUGGGUCAGAUUUCGACUUUUUGAAUUCCUUAGUAGGGAGUAUGCGAGAAUCUCCUGAAAAUACGUUUGUGCCAGAGGCUCUCUACUCCCAACUAUCGUCUGCGGUUCAAAAUGAGAUCGGGAUCGAUUCAUCACUUGAUUUAGACGUCCAGAUUCCCCCUCUGGAACAUAUCAGGUGCUUUGUGCUGCUUUAUUACCGACACUUUCACCCGACGUAUCCAUUUCUGCAGAAAAACUCCUCCGUCUGGCAAGUCUCAGAUAACUGGAUCCUGUUACUAGCUGUAGCAACCACCGGCGCCCGAUAUGCUGGAAGUUUGUGGUCAUCAGCUAUGUCAGAGCUUCUAGAAAAGGCCUUGAACCACAGGGUUGACUCCGUAAUCAAAGAAAACAACGGUAGUGCAAACGGCUUUUGGGUGCCAGGCAGCUUUCAAUCACGAGGCCGGAUGGACCUUCAGACACUUCAAGCAGCUAUUCUGAACUUGAUCUCUAGAAUUCAUAGCGGGCAGGAAGUCAAGAUGGAAUAUGCUCUGUAUCAAAGGCUCGCUCUUAUAGAAGAAUGCAGGACAAUGGAUCUACUGUCCCAGACCCCGCCACAAACUGGUCACACGCCAGUUCAAAAUGACGAUGUAGCUAUCACGGCAUGGAUGCAAACUCAAUCAAAGUUGCGCACUGGACUUAUGAUUUGGAUCCUUGACACGAUCGUUUCCCACGAGUUUAACUUUCCCCAGGUAUUGCAAGUACACGAGCUUAGAACGAGACUUCCGUGCCGAGAAUCAAUAUGGAAUCAACCAACCGUGGAACAGAUAUACAGUAGAGACGCGUAUCAAGUAACGGUACUAGAGGCGCUUCAUCUCCUUUAUAUGGAAAAGCGACAACCAUCAAACUUGACAGAGUUUGGAAACAUCGUGUUAAUAUACGCAGUUUGUGCAAGGACCAAAGAAUCCGCCUACCAGCAUGGAACGGCCUUGUCCCGAUGGAUCCCAGUUGCUCACGUUGAGCCACGAAAGGAGUCAGUCUCUGUGACUGAAACAUGGCCACCAACUCUUGAAAUUGUCACAAGGUGGAGAAACAGUGCCUGUGACGCCUUUGAUAUCUUACAUUGGAAAGCGAACGGCAAAGCGGCUAAUGCUGGUGGGAGGGAGCACCCGACGAUUCUUCACCUUCACCUUUCCCGGUUGUAUAUCUUGACGCCUACGAAGCAUUUUCAGAAGGUCGCUGCAGCUGCAGUCCUACGACAAAACGAUAAUGGAAUUCAGAACAAUAUGGAAUACUCAGAAGCCUGCAAUCACAUUCAACGUUGGGCCAACAUCGACCAGUACAAGGCACGGCUGUCUAUAAUCCACGCUGGCGCUUUGUUGUGGCAUGUCCGUCGAUAUAGUAGUAACGAUUUCAUAGAGCCCCAUGCUGUUUACCUUGCUACCCUCUCGAUAUGGGCUUACAGCGUGUUCAACACCCCUAGGACUGGGUCUCAGCAACAACAAGGUGAUGCAGCACCAAGAUCAGUGCCAGCUUCCGGAGAUCGUGAAUCGCAAGGAUCCGUUGGAAAUAAUGAGGUCGAGAACGAGGAGGAGCCAGAUCCGACAUUCAUCCAUCUAGAUCGUCCUUGUGAUGAUGAAAUGGUGCAAGUCUACAUACGACUAGGACAUAAGAUGUCUGGCUACAUGCAGAGAGUUGGCAAUAUUUGCAGCUCCAAUGCUCCACCGAAGAUUCUCAAAGAAGGUAUAAGGAUGUUAUCACAUGUGAGAGCCAAAAACAAGGCAUGGGGGGUCGAAACUUCCUAUAUUAAGGGUUUGACAAGUCUGUUACACGGCACCACGGCACAAGAAAACGAACGUGCAAGCGGAACCCGUGUAUUUUAAUAACUCUCUUCUCAACCUUCUCUUGUCAUCUUGAGAUACCCACUCU